AUGGAAGAUGCUAGCCUGAUACCAGAGAAGCCUCGCAGCACUGCACUGCCCAAGAAAGACCGCGAGCACUUCCGCAGUGCCCUCGUCAGCAUAAUCCUGCAGCAAGAACCCACCGCAGGUAAACCCCUUGCAGAGGACAGUCAGCCCCCGACCUGUGGCUCCCCCACAGCCACAGAGAAGGACGUGCUGAGAUAUUACUAUUACAUCCGUAAUGGGAUUGACACUGAACAUGUGGCGGCUAUGGAGGACUCUUGGUUGGAGAAUGUUCUGGACCUGGUCCCAACCCACCUAAAGAUGCUGACGAAAACCAUUGAGAAUCUGUCUGACGAGAUGAGGGAAGACUACCUGCUGAGUGUGAAGAAAGCCAUCGUGGACUUUGUGCUCAGAGACCCAAGGAUGAAUGAUGAGGAGAACACGAAACAUCCUAUUCCUCACAGAGCAGAAAUGGAGUUGGUGCCCAAGCCUUGGAAUAAAUCCUUUCAUCAUGCUCAGAAGAGCAUGAAGGAAGGACUGCACUCCAUCAACCCCACUAUGCUGCAGGUGCUGGAUUUGUGGCAUGUGUCUUUUAAGAAGGUGCGCCUCAUUGAUGUGGAGGAGUUCCAUAACACACAGGAGUCUAUGGAACUCUCUGUCUUCCAGCACCUGGUUAUCCGUCACAUCGAGAGUGCCAAGGACAUCCUCCUCAAGAAAUGGUUUCCUGAAGUCCAGCAUAUCUACUACCAAGGGAACAAGCGCAAGAUGGUGCCCAGCAACACCAAUGCAGCCAAACUGCAGUCUUUCUUUAACUGUGUGGCAGGCCUGAUGACUUCCCAGCUCCAGAGCCUUGCACUGGAGUCUAUGCAGGACUACACACAUCUCAUUAGUCAAAAUCCGCUGUCAGUACGAGCCCACGAGCACCCUGGCUUUGUCCUGAGACUCAUCCUGGACCAGAACCACAUUCAAUUUGAGCCCAACUUCAAAGACUUUGAGGUCAUCCUCCUAAACGUGUACGACAUGAUGCUGAAGUCUGUCAGCCUGGUGCCUCGUGUGGAGACCAAGCUCUACUCUGAAUGGCCGGGCGGCCAGUGCGGGGGAAGCCUGAGGCCUGUGGUCCUGGCAGAGAUCCUGGAGGCCCAGCAGGAGGAGGUGAGAAGGGUGGUCCGCUCGGAGAGUGCUGGCCCCAGGGAGCAUGUGCGCCUGUACGACAGGUAUGCCUCGCUAGUGUCCCAGCAGGCCCUGGAGGACGUGGAGCAGUUCCUCCGUGAGCAGCACUCCUUCCAGGAGAUCAUGGUGGAGGUGACGCGCUACCAGCAGCUAGCAGACGAGAUCCAGUACGACUCCAGCAAGGUGGUACGUCUGGGCAUGUUUGAGGUCCACUCCCACGAGCUGGUGAGAGCCCUCGUGAAGCGUGCAGAGGGACUGUGCCAGAAACUCAUCGCCCGCAUGUUACAAGACCAUCAGGUGUUCAACCAGAAGCUCUGUGAUGAAUUUGAGAAGAUUGCAGAGAAAUUACUGAGCACGCCCAGCAACACCCAGCAGCUGAUGGAGCUGAAGACGUACGUGGAUGUGGUGCAGGCCCAAGAGAUGUCCUUGCUGGAGAAGAAGCUGUCAGACUCCAAGACACGCCUGUGCUUCCUAGUGGACUAUGUGACCUUUUCGGCUGUGGACAUGCGUCUGAACAGGCAGACCUUCCAGUGGCACACCCGCAUGCCCUCCAUCCUGGAGGAGCACCGACAGAUCACCAAGCAGAAAGAGGAGCAGUACCAGGGAGGCCUCAAGCUGCGCUGUGAGAGGUUUGUGGAGGAACUGGAGAGCUACGCCAAGCAGGUCGAGGAGUUUGUGACCUUUGGAGACCUGUCAGAACUCAGCAAAUACCUGAAAAAGGCCCAGGCCCUCAACUCCAAGCUGGAUGUUGCCAUGGAGAAGAUCGAGGGCUUUAACCAGGAAGAGGAGGCGUUUGGCUGGCCAAUAACCCAGUACCCCAACCGGAAGAAGGUCCAGGAACGCCUCACACCCUUCCUACGGCUUUACGAAACUGCCGCUGACUUCCAGAAUCACCACCACCAGUGGGUCCAUGGCCCUCUGUCCGCCGUCAACCCAGACAAGGUGGAGGGAGAUGUAGGGAGCUACUGGAGAGCCCUCUAUAAGCUGGAGAAGAACUUCCAGGAAACACCCAAGGCUCUGCACAUCACCACCCGGGUGAAGGCAGAGGUGGAGGCCUUCAAGGAGAACAUUCCUAUAGUGCAGGUACUGUGUAACCCCGGUCUCCGUGACCGCCACUGGGACGCCAUGUCGGCGGCGGUGGGCUUCCCUCUGCGCUCAACUGAGGAGGCCUGCGUGGCUCGCUUCCUGCCCAUGAACCUGGACGCCCACCUGGGCAAGCUGGAGGGAAUCAGCGAGGCAGCCAGCAAGGAGCACUCCCUGGAGAAGGCCCUGGAGAAGAUGAUCCAGGAGUGGGGAGACAUGGAGUUCAGUCUUCUGCCCUACAGGGAGACUGGCACCUGCAUCCUGUCCUCCGUGGAGGAGGUCCAGACAUUGCUUGACGACCACAUCGUGAAGACCCAAACCAUGAGAGGAUCACCGUUCAUCAAGCCCUUCGAGCGAGAGAUACGGGAGUGGGAGGGCACCCUGCUGCUGCUGCAGGAGAUCCUGGACGAGUGGAUGAAGGUGCAGUCCACCUGGCUGUACCUGGAGCCCAUCUUCAGCUCCCCAGACAUCAUGGCCCAGAUGCCCGAGGAGGGCCGGCGCUUCACGGCCGUCGACAAGACCUGGCGAGACACCAUGAAGCAUGUCUCCCUGGACAAGCAUGUGCUGGCCGUGGUGGCCAUUGAGAAGAUGGUGGAGAAGCUGAGGAAAUCCAACGAGUUCCUGGAUAUGAUCUUGAAGGGCCUCAACAUGUACCUGGAAAAGAAGCGCCUCUUCUUCCCACGAUUCUUCUUCCUGUCCAACGACGAGCUGCUGGAGAUCCUCUCCGAGACCAAAGAUCCCACUAGGGUCCAGCCCCAUCUAAAAAAGUGCUUCGAGGGCGUGGCCAGUGUGGUGUUCACUGACGUGCUGGACAUCACCCACAUGAUGAGCAGCGAGGCGGAGGUGGUGGGGCUGCUGGACACCAUCUCCACCUCCAAGGCCCGAGGUCAGGUGGAGAAGUGGCUGCUGGAGCUGGAGAAUGGCAUGCGCAGCUCCCUGCAAAAGGUGAUCGGGGAGGCCAUUGAGGCGUAUCCCCAGGACCAGAGAACCAGCUGGGUGCGGGCGUGGCCAGGCCAGACCGUGCUGUGUGUCUCCCAGGUCUACUGGACCAAGGACAUCCACGAGGCCAUUGCUUCAGGACAGAAGGCAUUGAAUGCGUACCUGCAGCAGAACAACAGCCAGAUAGACGACAUAGUGACGCUGGUGCGAGGAAAGCUGUCUAAGCAGGCCCGCGUGACUCUGGGGGCGCUAGUAGUGCUGGACGUCCAUGCCAGGGAUGUGCUCUCAUUGCUCUGCCAGAAAGGCAUCAGCGACGAGAACGACUUUGAGUGGCUCAGCCAGCUACGCUACUAUUGGAUGGAAGACACGCUCCAAACCAAGAUGAUCAACGCUGGUCUGGCUUACGGCUACGAGUACCUAGGGAAUACCCCCCGUCUGGUCAUCACCCCCCUCACUGACCGCUGCUACAGAACCCUGUUUGGGGCGCUGCACCUGCACCUGGGUGGGGCCCCCGAGGGCCCGGCGGGGACGGGCAAGACCGAGACCACCAAGGACUUGGCCAAGGCUGUGGCCAAGCAGUGUGUGGUGUUCAACUGCUCCGACGGCUUGGACUACAUCGCCCUGGGGAAGUUCUUCAAGGGCCUGCUGUCCUGUGGAGCCUGGGCUUGCUUCGACGAGUUCAACCGCAUCGAUCUGGAGGUGCUGUCAGUGGUGGCCCAACAGAUUCUCACCAUCCAGAGAGGGAUCACCUCCCAUGUGGAGCUGCUGAUGUUUGAGGGCACAGAGCUGAGGCUGGACCCAUCCUGCUCCGUCUUCAUCACCAUGAACCCAGGCUACGCUGGCCGCUCCGACCUGCCCGACAACCUGAAGGCUCUGUUCAGGACGGUGGCCAUGAUGGUCCCGGACUACGCCAUGAUUGCUGAGAUUGUGCUGUACUCGUGUGGCUUCGUCACUGCCCGUCCCCUGUCAGUGAAGAUCGUGGCCACCUACCGGCUGUGCUCAGAGCAGCUGUCCUCCCAGCACCACUACGACUACGGCAUGAGGGCUGUCAAGUCCGUGCUGACCGCCGCUGGAAACCUCAAGCUGAAGUUUCCUGAGGAGAACGAAGACAUUCUGUUGCUGAGGUCGAUCAUAGACGUUAAUCUGCCCAAGUUCCUGGCCCACGAUCUGCCGCUCUUUGAGGGCAUCACCUCGGACCUCUUCCCCGGGGUCAGACUGCCUAAGCCGGACUAUGGCCUGCUGCUGGAGGCCAUCAAGGAGAACAGUGACAAGAUGAACCUGCAGGUCACAGAGUUCUUUGCAGAGAAGAUCCUGCAGAUCUUUGAGAUGAUGAUCGUGAGACAUGGCUUCAUGCUGGUGGGGGAGCCGUUUGGAGGCAAGACCUGCGCCUACCGUGUGCUGGCGGCCGCACUGCAGGACAUGCACAACAUCUGUGACAAGGGUCUGAUGGAUGAGAACCGGGUCCAGAUCACAGUCAUCAACCCCAAGUCCAUCACAAUGGGCCAGCUGUAUGGCCAGUUUGACCCCGUCUCCCAUGAGUGGUCCGAUGGCAUCCUGGCCGUCAGCUACAGAUCCUUCGCUACCUCCCAGACCCCAGACAGGAAGUGGCUGAUCUUCGACGGUCCGGUGGAUGCUGUCUGGAUUGAGAACAUGAACACAGUGCUAGAUGACAACAAGAAGCUGUGUCUGAUGAGUGGAGAGAUCAUCCAGAUGUCCCCACAGAUGAGCCUCAUCUUUGAGCCUAUGGACCUGGAAGUGGCUUCGCCCGCCACGGUGUCUCGCUGUGGGAUGAUCUACAUGGAGCCUCACAUGCUGGGCUGGAGGCCUGUGAUGCUCUCCUGGCUCAACACCCUGCCCUCCACGGUCAAGCCCAUGCACAGAGACAUCAUCACAGGCCUUUUUGACAGGAUGCUGCCUGCCUGCCUGCAGCUCAUACGCAAAGCCACCAAGGAACAUUCCCCGACGUCCGACACCAACCUGGUAAAGUCCCUGAUGAACCUGAUGGACUGCAUGCUGGAUGAGUUCAGAGACCAGGCCAAGAUGAAGAGCCUGGAUGAGAGAGACGUUUGCUCCUGGCUGGAGGGCAUCUUUGUGUUCUGCCUGGUGUGGUCAGUAGGAGCCAGCUGUAAUGAGUCUGGCCGUGUGAAGUUUGACUCUGUGGUGCGGGAGAUGCUGGAGGGAGCCCUAAGCGAAGACACACGAACACGCCAUGGUAUCCUGAGCACCGUGGAGCCCCCCACCAAGCAGCUGACCGUGGCUCUGCCUUCUGAGGGCUCGCUCUACCAGUACCUCUUCAUCAAGGAGGGCCCUGGGAGGUGGGAGCUGUGGACAGACCAGCUGAAAGCAGCGCCCCCUAUUGCUAAGGACCUGCUGUUCAGCGAGAUCAUCGUGCCCACAGAGAACACUGUGUGUUCCACUGCCCUGAUGGAGCUACUCAUCACCCACCAGAAGCCCACCAUCUUCAUCGGACCAACUGGCACCGGCAAGAGCGUCUACAUCAUAGACUUCCUGUUGAACCGCCUGAGGAAGGAUGUGUACAGCCCCCUGCUCAUCAACUUCUCCGCUCAGAGCUCUGCAGCCCAGACCCAGAGCAUCAUCAUGUCCAAGCUGGACAAGAGGCGCAAGGGCAUGUAUGGCCCCCCGCUGGGCAAGAGAACGGUGGUGUUUGUGGAUGAUGUGAACAUGCCGACCAAGGAGACCUACGGGGCCCAGCCCCCUGUGGAGCUACUGCGCCAGUGGCUGGACCACUGGAACUGGUACGACACCAGGGACUGCUCCACCAUACAACUGGUGGACAUCCAAAUAAUGUGUGCCAUGGGCCCACCUGGUGGAGGCAGGAACCCCAUCACACCUCGCUUCCUCCGACACUUCAACACGGUGACCAUCAAUGACUUUGAUGAGAAGACCAUGUACACCAUCUUCUCCCGAAUUCUGGACUGGCACCUCAACAUACGGUUCUCUUUCCCUAAGCCAUUCUCCAGCUUGACCUCCCAGAUCAUCCACGCCACCAUGUCUGUGUACCAGGAGGCCACCAGGAACCUGCUGCCCACCCCCGCCAAGUCUCAUUACCUUUUCAACCUGCGAGACUUCUCCCGCGUCAUUCAGGGCAUCUGUCUGUCCCGUCCAGAGACAGCAGAGCAGCCUAGCCACAUCAAACGCCUCUGGGUGCACGAGGUGUGUAGGGUGUACUAUGACCGGCUGGUGCAGGACUCAGACCGAGCCUGGAUGGUGAGCCACCUGCAGCAGGUGUGUGGCAGCUGCCUGAAGGAGGACUUCCAUCAGCUGUUUCAGCACCUUGACCAGGACCAGGACGGCCACGUCACCGAGGACGACCUGCGCAGCCUCAUGUUCUGCCACUUCCACGACCCCAAAGGAGAAGACCGCAGCUACCGCGAGGUGCAGCAUCUGCAGCAGCUGCGCCAGGUGGUGGAGUCCCACCUGGACGAGUACAACAACAUCAGCAAGGCCGUCAUGAAGUUAGUGUUGUUCCGCUUUGCCAUCGAGCACGUAUGCCGGGUGUCGCGCGUGCUGAAGCAGCCCCGCGGCCACGCCCUGCUGGUGGGGGUGGGAGGGAGUGGCCGCCAGUCCCUCACCCGCCUGGCCGCCCACAUGGCGGAGGCGGAGCUCUUCCAGGUGGAGAUCUCCAAGAGCUACGGCCUGGCCGAGUGGCGUGAUGACCUGAAGAUGAUCAUGAGGAAGUCGACGCAGGGAGAGACUCACGGAGUCUUCCUGUUCACCGACACACAGAUCACGAAGGAGUCCUUCCUGGAGGACGUCAGUAACCUGCUGAACACUGGAGAGGUGCCCAACCUGUUUGCGGUGGACGAGAAGCAGGAGAUCUGUGAGCGAAUGCGCGUGCUGGACCGCCAGCGGGAGCGAGACAAGCAGACGGAUGGCAGCCCGCUGGCGCUGUUCAACAUGUUCCUGGAGCGCUGCCGCUCUCAGCUGCACGUGGUGCUGGCCAUGAGCCCCAUCGGAGACACCUUCAGAAGCCGCCUGAGGCGCUUCCCUGCUCUCAUCAACUGCUGCACCAUCGACUGGUUUCAGAGCUGGCCGGAGGACGCGCUGCAGGCUGUGGCCUCCCGCUUCCUGGAGGACGUGGAGAUGACGGACGAGUCUCGGGAGGGGUGCAUCAACAUGUGCAAGAGCUUCCACACCUCCACCAUCACGCUGUCGGAACGCUUCCUGUCGGAGCUGCAGCGCCACAACUACGUCACGCCCACGUCCUACCUGGAGCUCAUCUCCACCUUCAGGACCCUGCUGGAGAACAAGAGAGCCGAGGUGAUCAAGCUGAAGCAGCGCUACGAGGUCGGUCUGGAGAAGCUGGAGUCGGCUGCAUCCCAGGUGGCCAGCAUGCAGGUGGAGCUGGAGGCCCUGCAGCCAGAACUGCGUGUGGCCAGCAAGCAGGUGGACGAGAUGAUGCUGGUGAUCCAGCACGAGUCUGUGGACGUGGCCGAGACAGAGAAGGUGGUGAAGGUGGAUGAGGCGGUGGCUAACCAGCAGGCCAUGGCAGCCAAGGCCAUCAAGGACGAGUGUGACGCUGACCUGGCCAUUGCCAUGCCCAUCCUGGAGUCAGCCCUGUCAGCCCUGGACACCCUGACCAACCAGGACAUCACAGUGGUGAAGUCCAUGAAGAGCCCUCCCCCGGCUGUGAAGCUGGUGAUGGAGACCAUCUGCAUCCUGAAGGGGCUGAAGCCUGACAGAGUUCCAGACCCCUCUGGCUCCGGCAAGAAGGUGGAGGACUUCUGGGGUCCUGCCAAGAAGCUGCUGGGAGACAUGAAGUUCCUCCAGAGCCUUCACGAGUAUGAUAAGGAUAACAUCCCAGCCAACCUCAUCGCCAUCAUCCGGCAGAAAUACAUCACCAACCCAGACUUUGUCCCAGAGAAGAUCCGCACAGCAUCCACCGCCGCCGAGGGGCUGUGUAAGUGGGUCCGCGCCAUGGAGUCUUACGACAAGGUGGCCAAGGUGGUGGCCCCAAAGAAGGAGAAGCUGGCCCAGGCUGAGGGAGAGCUGAAAGUGGCUAUGGACAGCCUGCGCAAAAAACAGGCGGCCCUCAAGGAGGUCCAGGACAAACUGGCCAAGCUGCAGUCCACCCUGGAGACCAACAAGAGCAAGAAAGCCAGCCUGGAGAACCAGGUGGAGAUGUGCAGCAGGAAGCUGGAGAGAGCGGAGCAGCUGAUUGGCGGCCUGGGCGGGGAGAAGACUCGCUGGAGCGAGACGGCCUUCAACCUAGGAGAGCUCUACAAGAACCUGACCGGAAACAUCCUUAUCUCAGCUGCCAUCGUGGCCUACCUGGGGGCCUUCACCUCCAGCUAUAGACAGAGCCAGACCCAGGAGUGGAUGGCUCUGUGUAAGAGCAGAGAUAUCCCCUGCUCCAGCAACAUGUCCCUGAUGAGCUCCCUGGGAGACCCUGUGAAGAUCCGCUCCUGGACAAUCGCUGGGCUGCCGUCAGACACCUUCUCCAUAGACAAUGGCAUCAUCAUCUCCAACGCCAGAAGGUGGCCCCUCAUGAUUGACCCCCAGGGCCAGGCCAACAGGUGGGUGAAGAACAUGGAGAAGGCCAACAGCCUGCACAUCAUCAAACUGAGCGACGCUGACUUUGUUCGUACUCUUGAGAACUGCAUUCAGUUUGGCAAUCCUGUGCUGCUAGAGAACAUCGGGGAGGAUCUAGACCCCAUCCUGGAGCCGCUGCUGCUGAAGCAGACCUUCAAGCAGGGUGGCAGCAUCUGCAUCCGGCUGGGAGAUUCCACCAUCGAGUACUCCCCCGACUUCCGCUUCUACAUCACCACCAAGCUGAGGAACCCCCACUACCUGCCAGAGACCUCCGUCAAGGUGACGCUGCUGAACUUCAUGAUUACGCCCAAGGGCAUGCAGGACCAGCUGCUGGGCAUCGUGGUGGCCCGGGAGAGACCCGACCUUGAGGAGGAGAAGCAGGCCCUCAUUCUGCAGGGGGCCCACAACAAGAGGCAGCUGAAAGAGAUCGAGGACAAGAUCCUGGAGGUGCUCUCCUCGUCCGAGGGCAACAUCCUGGAGGACGAGACAGCCGUCAAGAUCCUGUCCUCCUCCAAGGUCCUGGCCAAUGAGAUCUCAGAGAAGCAGGCCAUUGCCGAGGCGACGGAGGUGAAGAUUGACGAGACGCGUAUGGGCUACACGCCCAUUGCUGAGCACUCGGCCAUCCUCUUCUUCUCCAUCGCCAACCUGGCCAACAUUGAGCCCAUGUACCAGUAUUCCCUCACCUGGUUCAUCAACCUCUUCAUCUGCUCCAUCGACAACUCAGACAAGAGUGACGUGCUGGAAAAGAGGCUGCAGAUUCUGAGAGACCACUUCACCUACUCACUGUACGUCAACGUGUGUCGCUCGCUGUUUGAGAAAGACAAGCUACUCUUCUCCUUCUGUCUCACCGUCAACCUGCAGAUGCACGUCAAGCUAGUAGACAAGAGCCAGUGGCGUUUCCUGUUGACCGGGGGGGUGGGCCUGGACAACCCCCACUCCAACCCCUGCACCUGGCUGCCCAAGAAGGCCUGGGAUGAGAUGUGUCGUCUCAGCCAGAUGGAGGCCUUCAAGAACCUGCGCAAGGACAUGGCUCGCCUCAAAUACAAGUGGAAAGAGGUGUACGAUAGUCCGACCCCACACCACAGCCCUUUCCCAGAUGAGUGGCAGACCAACCUUGGACAGUUCCAGAAGAUGUUGGUGAUCCGCUGUCUCAGACCAGACAAGAUCGUCCCCAUGGUCCAGGAGUUUGUGGCGGGCAGCCUUGGCCGUCCCUUCAUCGAGGCUCCGCCCUUCAACCUGGGCCAGGCGUUUGGGGACAGCCACUGCUGCGCCCCUCUCAUCUUCAUCCUCUCCCCCGGCUCAGACCCCAUGGCCGCCCUGCUCAAGUUUGGGGACGAGCAGGGCUUCAGUGGCAGCAGGCUGACGUCUCUGUCUCUGGGCCAGGGCCAGGGCCCCAUCGCCAUGAGUAUGAUCCAGACCGCAGUGAAGGAGGGCAGCUGGGUGGUGCUGCAGAACUGCCACCUGGCCACCUCCUGGAUGUCCACUCUGGAGAGGGUCUGCGAGGAGCUCAACCCAGACUCCACACACCCAGACUUCCGCCUGUGGUUGACCAGCUACCCGGCCGCCUCCUUCCCCGUGGCCGUGCUGCAGAACGGGGUGAAGAUGACCAAUGAGGCGCCCAAGGGCCUUCGCGCCAACAUCGCCCGCUCCUUCCUCAUGGACCCCAUCUCAGACCCAGAGUUCUUCUCAAGCAGCAGCAAGCCGGCUGUGUUUAAGAAACUGCUGUAUGGCCUGUGCUUCUUCCACGCCCUGACCCAAGAGAGGAGGAAGUUUGGUCCUAUUGGAUGGAAUAUCCCCUACGAGUUCAAUGAGACUGAUCUCCGCAUCUCUGUCCAGCAGCUGCACAUGUUCUUAGAGCAGUAUGAGGAAGUGCCCUUUGACGCCAUCCACUACAUGACAGGAGAAUGUAACUACGGAGGUCGAGUGACGGACGACUGGGACCGACGCACCCUGCGUACCAUCCUGUCCAUCUUCUACACCCCCAAGAUCAUCCAGGACCACGACUACAAGUUUGACCCCAGCGGCCUCUACUACGCACCCGCAGAGGGGGAUUAUAACAGCUACAUCGAUUACACCAAGGCCCUUCCUCUCAACCCGUCUCCGGAGAUAUUUGGAAUGAACGCCAAUGCUGACAUCACCAAGGACCAAACAGAGACGCAGCUCCUCUUCGACAGUAUCCUGCUCACACAGUCGCGCUCCUCCGGGGGCGACGCCAAGUCGUCAGACGACAUGGUGUAUGAUGUGGCAGCAGAUGUCCUGAGCAAGCUGCCACCAGACUUUGACAUUGAGGCGUCCCUGCGGAGGUUCCCCACCAGCUACAGCCAGAGCAUGAACACUGUGCUGGUGCAGGAGAUGGGCCGCUUCAACAACCUGCUGAGAGUCAUCCGGGACUCCUGCAUCAACAUUCAAAAGGCCAUCAAGGGCCUGGUGGUGAUGUCUGCAGAGCUGGAGGAGGUGGUAAACAGCAUUCUGAAGGGCCGUAUACCUGGGAUGUGGAUGAAGAGGUCGUAUCCCAGCCUGAAACCACUGGGCAGCUACAUUAAUGACUUCUUGGACAGGCUUAAAUUCCUCCAGGAUUGGUAUGACGAGGGAACGCCAGCCAUCUUCUGGAUGUCUGGUUUCUUCUUCACCCAGGCCUUCCUGACCGGCGGCCAGCAGAACUAUGCUCGCAAACACACCAUCCCCAUCGACCUGCUCGGCUUCGACUUCCAGGUGCUGGAAGACAAAGAGUACCACCAUCCCCCUGAUGAUGGGGUGUACAUCCGAGGUCUGUACCUGGACGGAGCCCGCUGGGACAGGAGCAGCAAGCUCAUGGCUGAGUCUCACCCCAAAGUGCUGCAUGAUGCCAUGCCUGUGAUGUGGCUGCAGCCCCUCAGGCGCCAGGACGUACCCCAGAGGAGCAACUUCCUGUGUCCUGUCUACAAGACCAGCGAGCGCCGCGGCACACUCUCCACCACGGGACACUCCACUAACUAUGUAAUCGCCAUGACGCUCAACACCGACAUGCCGGCUGAGCACUGGAUCAGACGAGGAGUGGCACUGCUGUGCCAGCUCAACUCCUGAUGUCUUCCUUACACACAAUAAAACACCCUGCUUUAGCUCACAUGAAUUGUGAAGUGUCAGGGGGGCAGGGGUUGCACAAUGUUUCAGGACAGACUUGAUAAGGAGGAAAGUGUUAAUGGGAAAAAAUGUGGGUGAUGUACAAUCUUAGCUAAACCACCCGUGUGAUGUCGUCACAAACACAAGAAGAAAAUAAGCGCAACAAAAUUACCACAAACAACAGGCUCUAAAUCAACUUUAUUGUCUCUUAAUGGAAAUAACACACAAUCAGCGUGGAUGAUAAAUGCAAUGAAAACAUUUAAAUAUCCAAGUUAAUAAACAAUAAUAAAAUGAAAC